AUGUCACAUAGUAUGCUUACGCUUAUGUUGAUGCUGGUCCAGCUGGCCGAAGGAAGCCAAACUCGGAUGGAUAACCUCGGAGCUUGUGACGAAGCCACAGCCGAUUGCUUGGGCAAGAAUGUCACAGACUACGCCGUGCUGAUACAAGCCAAAGUGGCCCGUCGGUACGAAGAGGAGCUGCGUCCAGGGCCUGGCAGGCACGUGGGCGGCGACACCGCUGAAGUCGGCGGGUCCAGCGUCGGGCGCUAUUCAUUUAGGCGCUGGCGCCGUCGCUCUGGACCUCGUUCUUAUGGGCCAUCACCACCAUACCCUCAGGAGACUUCCAUCACGACGUCGACGGCAACGCCGGCGAUGACAACAACCCUACCGUCGACGACGACAACCCUCAUUUCGACGACAGCCACACCAACAACCACCACAACAACUGGGGUCCCAACGGCGGCAGACGCCAUCGCCGAUCAGAUCAGCGCGGUCGAGCAGUCAGGCACUGAGCUCGUGCAAGCCAGUUUGUCAGAAUUGUUUGCUGGUACCAAUGGCUCCUCCUCCGGCGAGAACGGUUCCUCGGGUGUCCUCGCCACCAUCGAAGUCAACGCGUCGAACUCUUCGGGGCAGCUGCGCAUGACCCUGGUUGACCCCAGUGCCGUCGAGGAGAAUGGCACCCUCGAGAUCGAAGGUGCCGGAGGCUCUGGCACCGUUUCCAUCCCAGGCAGCGUCUUGCAGCAGAUUGCGGCCAAUGCUGGGACAGGCCAAGUGAUAUUGACGACAAGCACAGUCGACACAGCCAACACAGCCAACGCAUCAAAUCUCAGUGACUCCGGCGUUUUGCUUGAUGCUGGAUCCGAUAUCGUCGUGCUCACCUUCCGGGACGCGAAUGGCAACCCGAUCGAGGUCGGGAACCUGUCCGAACCCAUCGAGUUCACCCUGCCAGUUUCCGAUGAGAACGUCAGUUUGAUAGAGGGCGCCGGGCAAGGGGAGAUCCUCACAGCUCUGUCACAUGUGUCGAAAGCCAAGAAACCCGAGCUGAAAAAAGUGUGUUGGUUCUGGGACAAGAAAAAGAAGGCGUGGUCCAGAGUGGAUCUUCUGACGAUCUCGAGCACGGCUGGAGCAAUCCGAUGCAAAGUCUACCACCUAUCAAGCUUCGUUGCCGGAGCACCGCUGCCGGGCCCCGUUGGUUGGAUCGACCUGACGGAGAAUGUCAGGGCUUUGCCGAGCUCCACGGACCGCUUUGCGUUCGCCCGCAGCGACAAGCGCUCCUACUUGCCGAGCAUCCUCUACGGUGCCAACUAUGCGAGCUUCGCCGAAACGGGUGUUGCCACAGAGGCUGUGUGGCAGCUUUAUCCCCCAUACUUCUGGACCGACGUCACACCGGCUGUGGCUGGGCCAGGCCCCAGGGGGUGGCACACCAUGGUCUGGUCGGAGCCGGACUCUGGCUUCCUCGUCUUUGGAGGACUCGUCGACAAGCAAGCAGGCUUCGCCCCAAAUGACCUUUGGCUGCUGAGAGAGAUCGGGGAGCUUGAGACCGCCUUGUUCGAGUGGUCCGCGACCGCAACUUCCGGCACGCGCCCAGGGCCGCGCUAUCAGCACUCAGCAGUGGCAGGCCAAACGGCGGCCGAUGGUGAGGUGAUGAUCGUGUUUGGUGGGCUGGACGAAAGAGUGGACACCACCAACCAGCUCUAUGUACUGGACCUGGGCUCCAAGACCUGGACGCUGCGAGGUCCAACGAACCAGCCGAUGCCGCGCGCUGGCCACUCGGCAGUUUGGGCAUCGGAGCUGGCGAAGAUGCUCGUUUUCGGUGGCUGGGCAGGCACGGCCUCCUAUGCAAACGAGCUUUUCGCUUACACCCCAGACCAAGAUGCAUGGCAGCAGCUUGCACCUGCUGGCACCCUUCCUCCACAAAGAAGUCUCGGCAUUGCUGUUUGGACGGGUGACGAGCUGAUUGCUUUCGGUGGUAUGGUCCCAGGCUCUUCGCCGACAGCGACAUGGCACUGGGCUCCUGAUGCGGCGGAUGGUCGCUGGUCUUCAAAUUCCAUGAGCCCGCAGCCCGCGCAAGCUCCGGACGACACGGCCGUGUGGGAUCCUUUUGAGGGUCGGAUGUUCUUGGCACAAUUCGGCCAAGAUUCCUACACGUUCAUGUCUUACGAGGUAGCCACCAACAGCACGACAUCCACGACAACCACAGCAACCACAACUACAACUGUUGACGACAUCCUUUUCGCCAAAGGAUCUACGCGCCUGACCGUGGGUGGCGCGAGCUGGUUCGGCGUGGGUGACAAGAUCCAGAUCUUGGACACAAGUGCCAGUGAGUUCAAAAUCAUUGUCAACAUCACGGUGCAGCAGGGUGCAAGAACACUCAUUGUGGACGCGCCUCUCGUGAAUGACUACCGCGUGAGCAGGCAGGCGACCAUCAUUGUUGAGGCCGUCGCUACGACCACCACCACAACCACCUCCAGCACCACCACCAGCACAAGCACAAGCACAAGCACGACCACAAGCACAACCACGACCACCACCACAACCACCACCACCACCACCACCACCACCACCACCACAACCACAACCACAACCACAACCACAACCACAACCACAACCACAACCACAACCACAACCACAACCACAACCACAACCACAACCACAACCACAACCACAACCAGCAGCACCACACCACCUUUGCCAGUCGUCAGCGCAGUGGAGGCUACCGACAAACUUCGCGCCGGAUUCGAAGGUGUGGCCGUGACAGCCAAUGGGAAGGCGGUGUUCGCCCCAGGUGCGAACUACGCAUGGCUUUGCGACCCGAGCUACGACAACACGCGGGUUGGGAUCCUGGACCUCGCAACAAGACAGUGGGAAACCUUCAACCUCACAGAUUGCAGCCUGGACACUCCGAGCCCCCUGCCUGCAAACGGCUGGCGAGGUGCAGCAGCUGUGGGCAACAAGGUGGUCUUUGCACCGGCCAAGCACUUCGAGGCCCCGAACCCCGCGAAAGCAGUCGUUGGGAUCUUUGACGCAGUGCCGCCCUACGCCUUUACCCGCAUUGAUAUCUCCAGCAACGUGUCCGUUGCCGACACGCGGGAGCUGUUCAACGGCGCGGUGGCAGUGGGCAACGUGGUCGUCUUCACACCGGGAAACAGCCGGGCGGUGGGCAUCUUCGACGUGAGCAUGUCCAGCUACAGGCAGGCCACACCCGCGGGUGGCUUGGCACCCGGGGCGACGUUGACAGACGCAGUCGUGGUGGGGAACAAGGCCGUGUUCUGCCCAUACCGGGGGAAGAACCUCGUGACUUUCGAGCCAGGACCCGACACCUUCGAGGUGGUUGAUAUCAGCGCAAAAGUGACAUAUGCCGACUACGGCUUCCACGGUGCCGCUGCAGUCGGACGGAAGGUGUAUUGUGCUCCGUGGAAUGCCAACGGCAUUGGGGUUUACGAUGUAGAUACUGGUGCCUUCGACUUGGUGGCCACGGAUCUUUUCACGACCUCACCAGGUACCGCUUACGCCUUCUACGCAGCCGCGGCCCUGGGACCCCUCGUCUACUUUGCGCCUGGAGAUGGGGGUGUCCUCCUGACCCUAGACACACGUGACAACUCCACGCACACGGAUGGCAGCCUGGGUCCCCGUGUUCGCAAAGGCCGGCAGUCCUUCUUCUCCGGCGCGACCGAUGCCUCAUCAGAGAUGGCGGUCUUCUCGCCCUACAUUGCCCAGGAUGUCCUUGUCAUCCAGCGGUGA